UGAGAUCGCAGUUGUCUGUUCUGACGACUCUCGGAUGAACUCGCGGGAUUCCGUGGGGUCGUACUUGACUUCGCUUCGAAAUGAGCGCAAAAUCGUCGACAAGAUCGACGAAGGCGUGCCGUUCUUUGUCCCUCAGCUGUCCAAAGUCAAAACCUCCGCCAUGUGCACAAAGACCCAGACGCACCUCUUGUUCGGGUACGAAAGACUCGUAAACCAAGGCGAGUCGUACCGCAAGCAGGGGAAUGCCGCCCUGUACACGGACGAGAAGAUGCUGGAGCGGCACAACCUCCAGAACGACCGCCAAGUGCAGGCAGCGCUGGGGCGGUUCUGGGACACGUUUGGCAGCAUCCGCAACGGCAAGUCCUCGAUCGAAGAGCUCGAGUACUGCGACGUGUUUGUCAAGUUCUUCAAGGCCCUCGUGCCCCCCCAAGAGUUUUCUGUGCCCGAAGCGCGCAUCAUUGUGGAAAAGGACUGGGCUCGCGAUGUUGGAGAAAACUGCGAGGUCAUGGCCAAGUCGACGUUUUACAAGUCUCUCUUUGAAGUGGCGGACCUGUGGACCGUGAGCAUUGGCGUGGACGAAUACACCAAAUUUCUCACCAAACUGUUUGAGCGGGUCACGAUGACUGUGUUCGACCAGGAAAAGGCGCUGUGGCUCACCAAGUUUGCCGAGUUGGACAUGAUCAAAUCGUCAUGGAAUGAUGAAAAUCAAGACAACAAGUCGCCCUCACCCAAGCGUGCCGUUGGACCCACCACAGCCGUUGCGAAACUCAAGAAGAAAUCCCAUACAAUUGCCGCGUUUAAACUCACGCCGACUCCAGAAGGGGGUGUUUUGGAUCCUUCCAAAGCCAACGACGCCCCCAAUUUGCCCGAUCUGGCGUCCCCCGAUCGGCCCCCUCGCCGCCCGUUGCGCCCCAGACCAACUCCAAAACCUGCGGACGACAUCACAGCUACCAACGACGAGCUCAAGCUGUUGAACAGUGGCGCCGAAGGCCCCACGAGUCCCGUGGCUAGCCCCGUGAAGACUUUAUCUCCGAAGAAGUCAAAACAAUUGACAGACACCACCACCAACCAAGACCGCGUCGCCAUGCCGAGCAUCUACCUGUCGCCCGACUUGGAUGUGCCUCGAGAAGACGACAUCGCUGUAAAACGCCGACAGCGGGAAAACACUAAGCUCGUCCAGCGCUUGCGACGUACGACCUACUAAGUAAGCGGCGGCGUCGACAUUGCACAGACCAACCACCCCACGUGAUACAGGUCGUCGUCUACUAUUUUGUCGAGCAUUUUUAAAACAGCCCCCCACCUCCCCCUUGUUUCUUGAGCGCUUUGUCUUUGCGCCUAUGGUUGGCCACACUGCUUUUGUUUUGCUCCUUCCUCGCGCGGUUGAUCAGCUGCUUAUUGGGAUCGUCGCCAGUUGCUGGACCUUUCUUCGCAGACGUAGUAGCAUUUGCACUAGGAGGUUGGGAGGCCGCCGCCGAUCGCUUGUCGAGCACACUCGGUGUUGAUUUCUUUUGAGGUUGUUCCUGGCGACCCCCUCGACUGUUGGCACUGGUAGCCUCCGUUGUCUUCUUCGCAGGGACGAGGCCCUGACGCAGAGGUCGUGCUGCUGGCUUGGUCUCCCCCUCAUCUCCAUCCUCGUCGUCAUCUUCGUCGUUGUCGUCUGAAGCGGUAGGCUUGUGGUUCGGGUUCCGCAUGCUCUCCCAAAACGCGUCUUCCGCUUCGCGUGCCCGGACCACCUUGUUCCGAGCGAUGAUCUCUUCGUACUCGGUCGGCUCGUCGUCAUGCACGCCAAAGGGCUCGUACUCGUCCAACUCAUCGUUGUAGUCGUCGUUGUACUCGUCUACAUGUGUUUCUUCUGUCCACGCUGGCUCUUGGUCGUACCUACGACACAAAUCACUCAAAUCAUGUCCUCACAAAAUUUA